AUGAGCGAGGGUGGCUUCUGGCAGCUGCCGUCCAGGCGUCAGCAGGAUAGCGACGAGCGGCUUCGGUUGUGUCGGACUGUUCAGGCGCAGGUCGAGGGACAGUUAGUCUUACAACUUAGACAUGGUCGUGAUAUCCCAAUUGGACGCCGGACGACCCACGCUAUUACGGAGAAGAUUUUGGAAUCGGCGGAAAUCUUGCGGGUCUGCUUGCCGGAUCUUCACCGUUUCCUCGGGUUGGCCAAGACGAUAAGCUACAAUCGUUCUACCCGUUCAAUCCACUUCUAUUUCUUUACGCGAGCCAUUGCUAAGGCGCACCAGGAUGUCGUAGUGCCUUUUCAGGGGAGGGCGUACACGCUCGAGAAUGUUCAUCACCCGGUCAGGGGCUCGGUCUGGUUGAAUCAGCGGGGACCAGACGGGCGGUCGAGCCACCCUCGGGCAGCGUACACCAUUUUGCUGUAUAAUCUCACCCGGUUUGAUGAUAUUGGGCGCAUUGCUGCCUACCUCCGCUCCAAGAUACCAACGGAUUUUGAGCUGGAGGAUAUGGAUACCUGCACCCCGAACUCACGUACGUCCACUGCCUGGAAAGUCACCUUUCAUCUGGCGGGUUGCCCGACCUUUCUCCAAGGAGUAGUCAGACUGCUUUGGUUUGGGACCCCCAUUAUCGUCCGGCAUCCGGACGUGGGCCGUCGCCUCCAAUGUUUGCAAUGUGGUACGCUAGGCCACCCGGCGUCGAGGUGUCAGUUUACUGAUGCGCAGUUGCGGGGGCCGGGCGGGCUGGAGGUCCACGAAGCCGAGCUUUUAGCUGUUGAAGAUCUGGCCAAACCGUUUAGUAGCCCUGAUGAAAUGCGGCAAAUGGCGCAGCGACGACUGGUUGUGCAGCAAUCAGCCGAUGCAGCGGCUCAAGCUGCGGUGACUCCGGCGGUACUGGUCGCCACUUCCAGUCCACCGCCGGCCGCCGAGCCCCAGCCAACAGGUAUACCUAUCCAAUCGGUGUAUACUACUCAUGUCGCGCACGCGGGCCCGCCUCCUCCGGCCCCAAAACCCCGGCCCGAACAGCCAUGGAUGAGACGCCCCCUUCGAGGGGGUCGUCGGCCUUGGCCCCCAGUUCAGCCUUCCCCGCCUCAGCUGAACGUCAGCAGCGGGAGUUAUCACGUUCUCCAGGAGGAUGAUAGGGCAGAGGAGGGUCCGUCUUCCCCAUUUGAAGGCAGUGUCGCCUCUGCACCUCCGCAGCCGGGGACUGGAGGCUCCUCGACUCCUGCUUUUUCGGCACGGCUGUCCCACUCUCGGCUUCUGCCGGAGGAUCAGGCCCGGAAACAAGCAGCCGGUAUUCGGGGCCCGGCGGUAGUUAUCGCGGGUCCGGCUCUCCUGACCCAGCAGCGACGGGAACGUCUGACUUGCGAAAAGCUUUUAAAGCUGCUGCCGGAUCGGCAAUGUCACUCGAUACCCAUGGAUCCUAAGCCGUUAGCGGAACCCAUCCACAUGGGCGAGCUUGUGAGUAUUCUGGGACUUCGGGAAAUAAACACUCCAGCGAACGGCAAUUGUUUGGCGAUAGCUCUUGCUCAAGCGGUGGCUGAGUCUGCCUUGACCGCCCCUACCAAGGACCAGGAGCUUCUCACGGCUUGCAUUAAACGAGGUAUCACGUGUACAGGACUCUUGAACUUGGAAGAUCAGGUCCCUCACGACUUGCGGGUGCAGGCACUUAAGAACGUGGGCCGUGGGUGGGCGUCGAUGACGCGCACAGAGUCGGCUUCUCAAUUCCGCUGGUUUUUGACGGACUUCGCGGCCACCCCAUCGGGGCGAACUUCGCAUAGAGACAUCUUUGUCGUUCAACGCGAAGAAGCCACCCCUCAGUGGCGUUGCCGCAAGUAUCACCCCGUUUCGAUGACUGUACGGGGACGGGCGGUGGCUUCUGUAAAAGAGUACCCCCUUUCUAUUAUGGCGUGUAUCGACGAGCUGCAGGCUACCAAAGUCGGGGCGAGUCAGGCUCUACCGUUAGUGUUGCGGUUUGGCGGCAGCCACUACUCGGCAUUUCUCCAUUCAGCGGGAGUGGCCGAUCCGUUAAACCUUACCGAUACCCAGGACGGGCCGAGUGCGUCGACUCAGGAUCCGGUCCACUCCUUCGGGGACACUAGAGCCACAGCGUUGGUACCAUUGGAGGAGAAAAGCGCUUCAGCACUGCCCUCAGACGACAAACUCCUUCCUGACAGCGGUGACCGGACGUCGAUCGUCCUUUACGACGCUGGAGACGCGGUCGCUCGAACCUCGGCACAACCCUCUGGUCAAUUGGCUUUAACUUCUACUUCGAGCAGCUGUCGCGAACGCGGGAUGGCCUCUGCGGCGCGGAAACGGGGCCACGGCGGCUCUCCCCCGCUCCUGGCGGCGUCUGCGGAUCCAGGUGCUGUCGUUCCGAUCGGCUCUCGCCACAAGAAAGGUCGGGUUCGUUCAGCCCUUCGGAAAUCUUCACUAGACGCGCCGGACGACAGAAUCGAUCGGGACGAAUGGCCAGAGCUCUGGAGUUAUCUGGGAGCCGAAUGGCCGCCGUCAGCAGCAACUCCGUAUCCUCUAGUAUAUGGAGACUCCAACGGGUGGGAGGCUACGGCUCGUUUGGAGCCGGAAUUGUUACUACAUCACUUGCGCCGCUUCGUCUUUCCAGACGAAGUACUUGCUAGCUUGUCCGACACAGUUUUUGUACAGUGGACGGCGCUGUGGCGCCAGGAGUGCUUAUUAUCCGGGCUCCUAGAAUUCCGACAGCGAGUGACAGAGCUACCCACGGGUGUUUGGCUCGACCAAUGGAUUGCUCGAUCGCAGCAGCGCCUUUCGCCGUCUCUGCUGGCCCCUCUGAUUGACAAUUCCGACGAUUGGAGAAAGUUGCGAGGGAUUAACUAUGCGGGGGACGACAUUUUACGAUUGUGUGACCCGCACAGACGCGUCCGAAUGAGUCACCACCUCAUGUGUGCCAUCGUGUUCGACAACGAGAUUUUUGCUCUGACGGGGACUGGCGGAAAGCCAGUACGCCCUCCCGAGCAACUCCGUUGCCACUUUCGCUUACUUCGGACCAAUAGUACCUACAAGGAUACAGCAGAGGUUCCUCCUCGAGUACUAAGGGCAGCUUACAGCAGAAUUUCGUCUUCAGCCCCCGAAGUUCCUUUCUUUGAGGAAGCUGACGCCUACAGCCGGCAUCGCAAACUUCACGACUGGUCUCCGUCCUGGACUUCAGCAGUUGAUCCACUGGAUUCUCGGGGUGGGGACAGGCUCUUUAUUUCUCAAAACGUGAGGGGCUUCAAGGCUAGCGCUCGGGAAGGGUGGUUGUCGGCGUGGCGUAGUGCGCCUCAGAUCCGUCGCCCGCAGGCUUGGUGUAUUCAGGAGACGCAUGUACAUACUGACGAAGAGGCGGGUAGGCUGAGUUCCAGGUGGGCUCAGUUAUGGGGUCAACACUUGGAUCCUGACGCUCCUCCUCUAUCGUUCUGGAGUAUUGGCUCUUCUAGCCGUGCUGGUGUUGCCAUUCUUCUUACCCCUCAUUCUGCUCGUACAGCUUCGGCCUGGGAACCGGAACGCUGGUCACCCCGGGCGAUCGCAAUUUCCAUUGGGGAGGAUGUUCUGAUCAAUGUGUACGCACCUACACUGCGAGGUGAACGGGAAGACUUCUUUACUUCCCUUCUCAGCUGGAAUUUGAUGGCCUCCAACACUAUUAUGGCGGGCGACUUUAACUGCGUCCAGUGCCCUCUCCUCGAUCGGUACGGCAGUUACCGAUCGCACCGAUCGGAAAGCCCUGCCCUGGACGCGGCAGUUGCGACACUGGGCUUGGCGGAUGCGAGAGAUCUUCGGGAUCAUGCGGAUGACGAGGGCACUGGCGAUCCUACUGAUCAUUUCACUUACUGGAAUGGGGACCGUGCCAGUCGCAUCGAUCGUUUCUAUGUGCCUGAGGGGUGGGUAGGUCGCGUGCUGUGGAUUGAAGCGCGGGUGCCAUCCAAUCAGUCGGACCAUCAGGAGGUUGUGCUACACCUACGUGACCUGAACAAACCUCGUUCGUCAUGCCGGCAUGGGCGUGUAACAUAUCCGAUUCAUUCAUCGAACCCUGGCAGGAUCGUUGACGAACUCGUCGCGGAAAUGGACGGAAGGGCUAUAGGUCAGAGCGUUUCUACCCUCACUUGGGACGCGGAUGUCACAGAGUGUCAACAGUGCGUUCGACGCAUCCGGAAGCGGGUCAAACAGCGCAGAGCGCGAUUUCGUCGGAAGAUUCAGGGCAGAGCUCGGCGACCUCUCCUGACCCGGCCGCAAUUUAUCUCCUGCAAUAUGGAGGAAUUACGGCAGGAACAUCUGGUGCGACUGGGCCAGAAGCUCGCCAGGACGGCUGACCAGUUGCGCUAUUUUUACAAGCGGGUUGCCGACUGGGAACGCAAUCAAACAGUCACAACAAUUUCGCGCAUCCACGGCCCGCAUUUUACCCGGGAUAUGACUAAUGCGGAUAAAUUUGCCUCCGAAUGGUCUACAGUCCUUGGCAAAGUUCAUUGCCAGGAGGAGAGAGUGGACUUGCCGUCAGCCAUUCGCCCGGAAGUCCUUGCAGCCGUUUCUGGGCUCAGUCGACAUAAGUCGGCGGGACUGGACGGGCUCAACAACGAUUUUUACAAGGAUACGUCUGCACUUCUUGUCCCCGCCCUGGUCCAGCUCAGCAAUCAAAUUUUGGCUGGAGCUGAUCCCCCGCCUUCAUUUCUCGAAGCUUUGAUCAUACCCUUGCGAAAAAAGGGAGACUCGGCGGAUGCGAUGGAUUACAGACCGAUUUCUCUACUCCAAACCAGCUACAAGAUCUUUGCGAAAGUGCUGGCAACACGACUGCAACGCGUAUUACCAAAAGUCAUUGGUGACUCGCAGCAAGGCUUCGUACACGGACGCCAGAUGUCUAAACUAGUGUUGAUGAUGCUCGCUCAACUGGCGACAGCAACAUCGGAUACAACUACAUCCGCCGACGACAGCCGAGUGAUCCUCCUACUGGAUUUCCGCAAGGCUUAUGACACGGUCGAUCGCGAAUUCCUGUAUGAGGCUCUUCGCCAAUUUGGUUUCGCGGAAAGGUAUGUUCAGCUUAUAACUCGUCUACAUACUGGUACUUCGGCCGCGUUCCUUGUAAAUGGGGAACAGUCUCGUCCCAUCUCCGUCGUUUCCGGUAUCCGGCAAGGCUGUCCACUCGCCCCUUUGCUUUUUCUCGUCGUGGUGGAGAUAUUGGGCGUUGCGGUACAGCAAUCACCAGAUUUGUCUGGGCUUCCUGUCCCUGGACGACAUCCGGCAACGCACGUUUUCUCGGCAUUUGUGGAUGACUCGACGAUCUUUCUCGAGAAGGCCAGUCAGCUAGAGCCAGCGAUAGCUCUUCUCUCUCAAUUUGGGACCCUAUCAGGGCUAGUUGCCCAACCCUCCAAGAGUCAGAUCAUUUGUCUUAAUCGGGCUGUGCACGUAGCCGAUAUGCGGGGCAUUCCGGUCCUUCAACAUGCGGACACGGUGCGAUACCUGGGCUAUCAAGUAGGACUGAGACCCUUACACAAUUGCAACUGGGCGCUUCGUAUCCGGAAGCUUCAACGGAGGCUAAUGACAGCUUCCAGGGUGGCGACCAGUGUGGCGAAUCGGGUGUUGAUCCUCAACUCCAUCAUUCUCCCGUCUGUUCUGUUCACGGCGGCGGUGUUCGAUAUGCCUGAGUGGGCACGACUUGCUGUCCACAACCUGUACAAACAAUUUUUAUGGGCUCAUGCGACUUCAACGGAAGCCAGCCGACACAAGAUUAACCCGGGACUACUUUUCACCCCCAAAAGGCAGGGGGAUUGGGUUGGCCUCUUUGGAGGUGGCUAUUAA